GGAGACCAGCGGAACAUCUCGUCCCCACCUGCGACAGAGACUCAAGACUGGAGAGAAAACGCGGGUCGUUCACGUUGGAGACGAUCAAGGGGUGAAGGGGGUCGCAACGGGCUUGGCAACGGGGCGUACAACCGACCUGAAAAUUCGCCGCCUGGUACACCUCGAGAUGUCGCCGCCGCCAGAUACAAUAGAUUCGGACGAAAGGACCGAGCUCGAUGCCCUCCGGCUAGAAAAUGACACGCUGAGAAGACACCUUGGAAGGCUGGAAGACAAGGUUCAGAGAGCGGAGGAGAGUGCUAACCUGCAGGCGUACCAGGUAAAACAGAUGGCCCAGCAGUUGCAUCAUGGGCAUUCGCAGGAGACAGACGUCCAUGAGCAGCAGCAGCAGCAGAGGUUCGCAGAAGGUGCUGCCCCUCUCGAGGUCCGCCACCUUCAUGGCAUCCUUCAAUGGCUUCACCAAGCAAAGGCGGACAUGGUGGAGAAUGACCGAAGCAAAGUCCAGCUGGAGGGCGACGUGCGGCUGUUGUACAACCUCUUGGAGAAGGCAAAGCGAGAAAGGAAGUCACACGACGGGAAGGUCCAACGCCUCGAGAAAUCCAUCGCGACCUCAAACACCAGAGCAGUGGAGCUGGACAAGGAGCUACAGCUCCAGCGGAAGUCGUUCACGCGAGUCCUAAAGUCGGACAGAGACGUUUACGAGACCAGGACUGAAGCGGCCGAGGCUAACGCAGAGCGCAGGGGCCGGGAACUGAAGCGCCUGAUGACCUGGGUAGAGAAAGCGGAGUCAAAAUUCGCCGAGGCGCUACGCAAGUUGUCCGCACAGGCGGAGGAUUUGGGAGCAGCUAACCUCGGAGAUCUAGAGGGCUUCGCCAAAGACAUGUCGGAAGACGUCUCCAAACUACGACAGGGUGUGGCAGAUUCCAUGCGAUCGAGGUCGAGAUCGAAAUCGAAGGGCCGGUCCUGCGGGCGAGAAGAGGGCACUCAAGAGGAGAACGACAAGGGUAAAGCCAAGGAAAAGACAAAAAAGACCAAGACCCGAAAAACGGGGAGCAAGGGUGAUGGUGCCUCGGUUACUGACGCUGACGACUCCAAGGCUCGUUCUGACGGUGGAGAACGACAGGACAAGGGACACGUCGACGAUAAUAGUCUCGAGCGGCCGAUGGCGAAGGUCUAG